AUGUACUACGACGCCUUCAAGCAGCUCAAACUCCGGGAUACUGACUUGGCUCCGGUAACUUCGCCACUAGUUGGCUUCAACUCACAACCGGAGUGGCCAAUGGGAAAGAUAAUCUUACUGGUCAAAGCCGGAUCCGUGGUCAAGCAAGUGGAGUUCUGGGUAUUGAAGGUGCCGUCCACAUACAAUCUGAUCCUAGGUAGGAGAUGGCUUCACGCCAUGCAGGCGGUAGCGUCAACGUACCACCAGGUCAUAAGGGCUGAGGAAAAGGCUGUUGAAGAGUUAGUGGAGGUGCGGAUCAACACAGAAAGUCCUGGCAAGUUCUUUUUGUUGGGAUCUAGCCUGGCUGCCCAAGAAAGGACCGAGAUGGUGGAGUUCUUGGUGGCGAAUAUCGAAGUCUUUGCAUGGACGCCAUAUGAUAUGCCUGGCAUUGAUCCAAGCUUUUUUUUCCACCAACUCAAUGUCUUCCCGAAUGCGCAUCCUGUCAUUCAAAGAAUAAGGAGAUCAGCCCUUAAUCAUACAGAGGUAGUCGCAGAGGAAGUCAAGAACCUGAUGGAAGCUAGGGCAAUCUAG